CCGGGACCGGGUUCCCUCAGACAAGAGAUCGGGCGGAGGAGGAAGCGGCUGAGCACCCGCCCGCCUCAGCAGACUUCGCGCCGUCGGCUCCCGGGCCUCGCGGCACCGAGAAGGAGAGACCGAGGAGGGCCACGAGGAGAGGAGGCGGCGGGGGCGCGGGGCGGAGGCGGCGCGGCCGGCCGCGGCUGCCGCUUUGUUGUGCGGCCCGGCCGGGCCGAGGAAGCAGAAGUGGGAGGAGGGGGGAGCUCUGCGUCCCGCUCCCUCCGCGGCUCAUGGCGACGGCGCUCGGCACAUCCGGGACCCUUCGGCCCUGGCGGACGCGGCGCGGGCUGUUCGGGCCCCGGCCCCGGCCGCUGUGGUGACUCCUCCGCGCCUCGCCGUCGUCCCAGCCUAGCCCAGCCCGCCCGCCGGCCGCGAGCGUCUCCGCCGCCGUCUCCCCCCCACCCCCCACCGCCGGGGACAUGUCUAACCCCGGAGGCCGGAGGAACGGGCCGGUCAAGCUGCGCCUGACAGUACUCUGUGCAAAAAACUUGGUGAAAAAGGAUUUUUUCCGACUCCCUGAUCCAUUUGCUAAGGUGGUAGUUGAUGGUUCUGGGCAGUGCCAUUCUACAGAUACUGUGAAGAACACACUUGAUCCAAAGUGGAAUCAACAUUAUGACCUAUAUAUUGGAAAGUCUGAUUCAGUUACGAUCAGUGUGUGGAAUCAUAAGAAGAUCCAUAAGAAGCAAGGUGCUGGAUUUCUUGGUUGUGUUCGUCUUCUUUCCAAUGCCAUCAACCGCCUCAAAGACACUGGCUAUCAGAGGUUGGACCUAUGCAAACUGGGGCCAAAUGACAAUGAUACAGUUCGAGGGCAGAUUGUAGUAAGUCUUCAGUCCAGAGACCGAAUAGGCACUGGAGGACAAGUUGUGGACUGCAGUCGUUUGUUUGAUAAUGAUUUACCAGAUGGUUGGGAAGAAAGGCGCACUGCUUCUGGAAGAAUCCAGUAUCUAAAUCAUAUAACAAGAACUACACAGUGGGAACGCCCAACACGACCGGCGUCAGAAUAUUCUAGUCCCGGCAGACCUCUUAGCUGCUUUGUGGAUGAGAAUACUCCAAUUACUGGAACAAAUGGUGCAACAUGUGGACAGUCUUCAGACCCUAGGCUAGCAGAGAGAAGAGUCAGGUCCCAGAGACACAGGAAUUACAUGAGCAGGACACACUUACAUGCUCCUCCAGACCUACCAGAAGGCUAUGAGCAGAGGACAACGCAGCAAGGUCAGGUAUAUUUCUUACAUACUCAGACUGGUGUGAGCACGUGGCAUGAUCCACGAGUGCCUCGGGAUCUUAGCAACAUCAAUUGUGAAGAGCUGGGUCCUCUGCCUCCUGGAUGGGAGAUCCGAAAUACUGCAACAGGAAGAGUUUAUUUCGUUGACCAUAACAACAGAACGACACAAUUUACAGAUCCUCGGCUUUCUGCUAACUUGCACUUAGUUUUAAAUCGACAGAAUCAGUUGAAAGACCAACAGCAACAGCAAGUGGUGUCCUUGUGUCCUGAUGACACUGAGUGUCUGACAGUGCCAAGAUAUAAGCGAGACUUGGUUCAGAAACUAAAGAUCUUGCGGCAAGAACUUUCCCAACAACAGCCUCAAGCUGGCCACUGCCGUAUUGAGGUGUCUAGGGAAGAGAUUUUUGAGGAAUCAUAUCGACAGGUCAUGAAAAUGAGACCAAAAGAUCUCUGGAAGCGGUUAAUGAUAAAAUUCCGUGGAGAAGAAGGCCUUGACUAUGGAGGGGUUGCCAGGGAAUGGUUGUAUCUCCUGUCGCAUGAAAUGUUGAAUCCUUACUAUGGUCUCUUCCAAUAUUCCAGAGAUGAUAUCUACACAUUGCAGAUCAAUCCUGACUCUGCAGUUAAUCCGGAACAUUUAUCCUAUUUCCACUUUGUUGGAAGAAUAAUGGGAAUGGCUGUAUUCCAUGGACACUAUAUUGAUGGUGGUUUCACAUUGCCUUUUUAUAAACAGUUGCUUGGGAAGUCAAUUACUUUGGAUGACAUGGAGUUAGUUGAUCCAGACCUUCAUAAUAGUUUGGUGUGGAUACUUGAAAAUGAUAUCACGGGUGUUCUGGACCAUACCUUCUGUGUUGAACAUAAUGCUUAUGGUGAAAUUAUUCAGCAUGAACUCAAACCAAAUGGCAAAAGUAUCCCUGUUACUGAAGAAAAUAAAAAAGAAUAUGUCAGGCUUUAUGUAAACUGGAGAUUUCUCCGAGGCAUUGAAGCCCAGUUCCUGGCCCUGCAGAAGGGGUUUAAUGAAGUCAUUCCACAGCAUCUGCUGAAGACAUUUGAUGAGAAGGAGCUGGAGCUCAUUAUUUGUGGACUUGGCAAAAUUGAUGUGAGUGACUGGAAGGUCAACACCCGGUUAAAACACUGUACACCAGACAGCAACGUCGUCAAGUGGUUCUGGAAAGCUGUGGAGUUUUUUGAUGAAGAGCGACGAGCACGGUUACUCCAGUUUGUGACAGGGUCCUCCCGAGUGCCUCUGCAGGGCUUCAAAGCACUACAAGGUGCUGCUGGCCCACGGCUCUUUACCAUACACCAGAUUGAUGCCUGCACAAACAACUUGCCAAAAGCCCAUACGUGCUUUAAUCGAAUAGACAUUCCGCCCUAUGAAAGCUAUGAAAAGCUCUAUGAAAAGCUGCUCACAGCCAUCGAAGAGACGUGUGGCUUUGCUGUGGAAUGAUGAACGCCAAGGACUCCCGAGAGCUCUACCCACCCCUGGCCCAGCCUCCCUCAGCAGCGAGCGCGUCAGAGAAGGCUGGGACACAGCACAGCCCUCCCCAGCCCCUUAGGUUCUAGGACACUGUGAGGGGAAAGGACAAAUUUGAAAUUCCUUUUCAAGGAAAAAUAAGGGUCUUUAUGCUUUGCCAUGAGGACACACUCAGCUGCUAUUUAAAAAUUAAUACCUUGAACCUAGAGAAUGCUGACCCUGCAUCUCCAGUUAGGCAGUGUUCUACACUUACAGACUACUACUAUUUUUAUAAAAGGUUACCUAUCCAGAUCGCUUCACACACGCGUGUCUCCACAGCAAGACAACUCCAGCAGUCGGUACAAGUCACAUUUCAUUUUGAUUGAAUAUAUGAUUUUUGAACAGCUCCUAUACUUGCUCUUUGUAAAAAACUAAUAAAGUUAUUUUGAAUUGUUCCACCUUUGUAAACAAUUGGCUAAAGGGAUCAUUACCUUUAUGAAAUUAAGCCAUUUACAUGUUUAGUUGUGUUUUUUUAUAGCAGAGCGUUAUAUUUUGCAUUAUAUGGGUCACUGUAGCUUACAUGGGGUUUUGUAAUUUUCCAGUGUGACUUUCUUGGAAAUUCCUAAUGUAGCCAUUUAAACUGAGUUUAUUUGCUACCCUCCCCAUUUCUAAGAUGACUUUAAAAACAAAAAACAAAAAACCUCAUGUUCUUGAAUCAAGAGGAUCAGGUAUUUUGGAUUUACUUUCAUCUUAAAUUGAAAUACUGCAUUUUUAUAGCUUCUCAGUAUGUGAUGGGGUGGGAUUUUCAUUCUUUGCUAGGUCAGCUGUCUUUUAUAUGCUAUUUCUAUAAACCAAAGUCUCUAAUAAGUACAUCUAACUUAUAUUUUAAUUAAGUUUCUAAAAGAAAUUUUUUUGCUCUAAAGAUUUGUUUAGCAAGCUUAGAGAGCCCUGCUUUUACCUCGUGGGAUGAACUGGAGGUGGUAUUGGGCAUGGUGGGCAGGGAGUAUCAUACAUGAGCAGAAGUCAGGUGUGAGUGAAGUCAGGGAUGUCUGUGAUCCCUGCCUCUGUGAAUCUGAGGCAGGGAGCAGUCCAAGUUCAAGGCUAGCCUGAGCUACAUAGCAGAUCUUGCCUCUAAUAAGAGUGACUCUAAGUCUAUUGUACAAUGACUCUAAAACUGAAGAGUUCAUUUAAAAUUAAGGGAGUGGAGUCCUGGCUGCCACAUUGCUGACUUUUAAGAGUUCAGGUUGAGCUUUCAAGGUGUGUGGCUCAUGCCCUGAUCCA